CCUUGUUUUGGGAUGGGGUGUGUAAGUGAGGAUCAGGUGUCCUUUGCAUUCACACUGUCCCUCUCUCUAUUAGGAUUUUUUGAUCAGAGAUCAGAAAGAGAGGGAGUGAGGAGGUGACAGUGGGAGAAUGGAGGGAGGAGGCAGAAAGGGCAGAAAGCCAGGGGCUGAGUGAGUCUGGGGCACAGGAAAGAGAAGACAUAUACAACUACUUUGGCAGAUUGAAUGUGACUUAAUUAAGUAGUAGGAAAUAUUUUAAAAUAGGUAAUAAUCAAACUUUCAGUAAAUAACAGGAUUUUUAGCCAUAUUUACAGAAUAUAAACUGGAACAGUGAUAUCACUUUACAGCAAGCAGUUAUAUAAGGACCUUUCUGCCUAAAACAAAUACUAUAUACAUUUAAGGAACUGGAUUUAUAGAUUGACUUGUGCCAUGCUGUAAGAGAGAGAAAAUGGUAGGUACAGGAAAAAGUAACAGGUUUAUAGAAUCUGGUCAAGAGGAGCAGACACACUCCUGUCACUUAGAUAAUUGAGCCUUUCUGUUCAGAUGACUGGGUUCCAGCCACUUACCCUUGGGCACCCUUAAAUAAGGACCAUGUCAACAGCAGUUUCCUCCUCAUCAAUGGACAGAGAGGGGGGCCUUGCAGGACUUGGCAAGAAGAACCCAUUUGCCGGACUAUGCUGGAGGAGGUUAGAGGAGCCAUUAGGAUUUAUUAAGUUGCUGGAAUGGCUGUUUGCUAUAUUUGCCUUUGGAAGUUGUGAGUCAUACAGUGGAGAGACAGCAGCAACUGUCAUGUAUCCUAGGCAAGAGCUUCACUCAGUGCCCCCUACAUACAUUUUUUUCUUGUCUUGGCUGUAUCGCCAACGCUAUGAGAUGCCAGAUUGUGAAGAUAUUGAAAGGCGUAUUCUUCACCUGACAGGGGAUUUCUCAGCCCCUGCAGAGUUCUUUGUGACCAUGGGAGUAUUUGCAUUCCUAUACUCCAUGUUUGCACUGGUUAUCUAUCUACGUUUCCAUGAAGAAUACACAAAGAUUCGCAGAGUGCCAAUUGUGGAUUUGUGUGUGACUGGUGCCUUUGCCUUUUUGUGGCUUGUGGCAGCUUCAGCUUGGGGAAAAGGCCUGAUGGAUGUGAAGGUGGUCACUCAACCUUCCAGCCUUGUCUCAUCAAUGCCUCUAUGCCAAAUGGAAAAAGACACUUGCAAUGCUGCCUCUUCACCAUAUUUUGCCCUUGCUAAUCUAUCCGUGCUCUUUGGCUUUCUGAAUUUCCUUAUCUGGGCUGCCAAUAUAUGGUUUGUGUUUAAAGAAACCAUGGUCAGUAAGAAACCUGCCCCCAAAGAGGAAUCUGCAGUGUGGAGAGGUUGAGGACCACGAGUGAUACAUACAUAUUCCUGGGUUUCCAACAUCAACGCUCAUCUCCUGAAAUUCUAGGAAUGAAAUUCUCCCCUUUUCUCUAACAGGCUUAAAAUCGACAAACUGUUCAAUUCUUUAUGAUCUUUAUUAUUUGCCUUGACACAGUCCACUCUUUUAGCGAAUAUGCUCCAAAAACAUAUAUAUAUAUAUAUAUAUAUUUUUUUUUUUUGUGUGAAUACAGGUUUGGUUGCCUCAUAUUUAAUACAGCCUAGUAUACAGCAUAUUUUAUCUGUCACAACAAGUAACCCAUAGAUACAAAUGAAGAAAGCAGGGCUGAGCUCUUUAUAAUUCAGCCAAUAAUAGUAUUAUUUUUAAAUAUGUGUGACCCAUAUUAAGCUUUCUAUUGGAAUUGUCCCAUAUCCUUUUCAAAGAGAAUAAUCUUUCUCAACUGUCCACAGUAAGAUGACCCAUCUAUCUCCA